AUGUUUCGGCCUAGCUUCUUUCCGAGGUGGAGAUAUCCUCAGCGUCCACGUCCACGUCCGCGUAUACGUUUAAGUCCGCCUACAAUUCUGUCAAUUACCACUCCUGAACUACCACCCUUUGUUCCUGAGCCGCCUAAAUCUGAUACAACAAAAUUGAUUAUCAUCAUCAUAGCUGUUACUAUCGUCGCAUUUUUAGUUCUUGGCAUUAUAGGUCUUGGAAUUGGUCUCGGUUUCAAAAAAUCUUCGAAUCCAACACCUGAAACUACCAAAGUACCAUGUAGUGGAACAAUGACUGAAAAUGGAUGUAUACUGACUACUGCGGCACCAACAACAACGUUACCAUCUACUCCUACUUCUGCUAGUACUACAGCCAUUACCAAUACCACGUCAUCAGUAUAUAAUAUCGCAGGCAAUACUUCUACAGUUUCAUCUAAUUUCAAUAAAAUUGGAUCUAAUACUAAUCGUAUCUCAACUAGCAGUAAUGGUAUUCCAGUACGUAUCAAUGGUGCCUCAACUAAUAUUAACGGUAUUCCAUCCAGUAUCAAUGGUGUCUCAACUAAUAUUAAUGGUAUUCCAUCUAGUGUCAAUGGUGUCUCAUCUAGUGUCAAUGGUGUCUCAUCUAGUGUCAAUGGUGUCUCAUCUAGUGUCAAUGGUGUCUCGUCUAGUAGUAAUAGCAUUCCAUUUAAUACUAACAGUAUCUCGUCAAACGCCAACGGUAUCCCAUCCAAUAUCAAUGGUGUUUUAUUUAACACUAAUGGCAUUGAAUCUAGCGUCAAUGGCAUUCCAUCGAACCAAAAUGGUACCCCAUCUAACCCUUAUGGUAUCUCAUCUAACUCCUAUGGCAUCUUAUCUAACCAAAAUGGUAUCCUAUCUAACCCUUAUGGUAUCUCAUCUAACUCAUAUGGUAUUCCAUCGAACCAAAAUGGUACCCCAUCUAACCCCUAUGGUAUCUCAUCUAACUCCUAUGGCAUUCCAUCGAACCAAAAUGGUAUCCUAUCUAACCCUUAUGUUAUCUCAUCUAACUCCUAUGGUAUUCCAUCGAACCAAAAUGGUACCCCAUCUAACCCUUAUGGUAUCUCAUCUAACUCCUAUGGCAUCUUAUCUAACCCCUAUGGCAUCUCAUCUAAUCCUAAUAGCGUCGCAUCUAGUCCUAACGGUAUUCAGUCUAACCCUACUGGUGUUUCAUCUAACCAUUACGGUAUCUCAUCUAAUCCGUAUGGUAUCCCAUCUAAUCUUAACGGUAUCUCAGCUAAUCCGUAUAGUAUCCAGUCUAACCCUAGCGGUGUCGUGUCUAACCCUUAUGGUGUUUCAUCUAGCCGCAACGGUGUCCCAUCUAACCCUAGCGGUGUCUUAUCUAACCCUUAUGAUAUUUCAUCUAAUCCUAACGGCAUCUCAUCGAACCCUAAUGGUGUCGCAUUUAAUACUAAUGGUAUUUCAUUUAAUCCAAAUGGUUUUCCAUCUAAUAUCAAUGGUAUCUCCUCAAACAGCAAUGGUUUCUCGUCUAUUAGUAAUAUAUUUUCUGCGACUACUACUACUACUAUUACUACUACUUCUACUACUUCUACUACUACCAGCACCAGUACCACCACCACCACCACCACCAGCACUACCACAACUACUACUACGGCUAGAACCACCACCACUCGACCCUGGUACGAAGUAGAAGAGCCCAUUGCUGAUAUUAUUGAUGCUGCCGAACUUCCUGCUACACCUAGCAGAAGACAAUACACAACCACAACUACUGAUUCGGGUGACAUAGACUUUCUGACUGAUUUUACGACGAGAGCAUCUCGUACUAGACCUAGAACUACGACAACAACUACAGCUGAGCCGACACCCAUCGCUUGGCCAUUCAUUGUUGCUCUUUAUCUUCGCGAUCAAAAGAUUUGCACUGGUUUCCUUCUUACCAAUCGACACGUUAUCACAUCAGCCACUUGCGUCUACAAUCUCGAUGAAACUUCAAUGGCUAUUUAUUUUGGUGUCGACAGGUUAUCAAGCAGAAAUCAGGCGUUAAGACGCGACGUUUCCACUGUCGCUUAUCCAUCAACAUAUCGAAAGGGUCGAACAGUAGAUGAUAUUGCUGUUUUAACAUUGACUCGAAAUGUUACCUUUAGUGCAGCAGUCGGCGUCUGUUCCAUUCCAAAAAGUUUAUCGGUUCCUCAAAUGAAUGAUGACAGUGUUAUUGUUGGCUGGAACGACGACAUCGCUAUUUCGGACAAGAUUCAAGAAGCUGAAGUUCGAAUCGAAAGUCCUGCCACAUGUGGCCUAUCGACGUUGAUCAAGAGUCGAUUGUGUGGUCGCUAUAGUAGUAGUAGCAAAUGUAUGACUGAUCGUGGUAGUCCUUUAGUCGUGAGAGGUAUCGAUGGCGAAUGGAUAUGUGCUGGUAUUGCCAUUGGUGAUAGAUCCAGAUGUAGAUCGGUCGGAAUCUAUACACGAAUCAGUUAUCACAAUGAAUUCAUCUUUAGUUCAAUAACGUGAACAAAUUGUUCAACAGAGCAUCAAUGUUGGCUAGAUACUUUGACUUAUUACUCAUCGGAGCUAUCUCAUCAAAUAUUUUCAUUCGGCAGUCUUGCUGUGUAUGUUGAUACUUUUCAACGGAACCACGAAUCAGAAGUAAGCAGCGCAAAUAGCAACGACAACAGUAGCGAACGUAUAGCUUUGAUUAAAAAAGCCCUUGAAGAUCAUCUAUUGCACGAAGCAAAUGCUAGUAGUUUACCAUUGAGUUUGUUCGAACAAACGAAAACUCUUCUGUUAGAUUUCUGUACGAAUUUAACGUCCACUGAGAUCGAAUCAGUCGAAGAACUUCCAGUAUUGCAAUGUUCUGAAACGACCUGUUCUUCAAAUGUUAUGAAUCUGAUGGUGCUUUUUAUUGUUAGUGUUGUUAGUGCAGGAUUAGUUGCUGCUAUAGUUCUGGUUCAAAUCUACAAAACUCAACAUCAAAUGAAAAUGUCGAAAAAGUUUUCGCGACGGGCAAAACCGGCAGAUUUGUAUCUAGCGAAUAAUGCAGCGUCUGAUAUACAAACGACGCGAUUUUAG